UGGCUUCCCAUAGGUGAAUAAAAGUUAAAGGUGGGCCUCCAGGAGGGUUUUGUCCCAUGACAACUGGAAUGUCUUGGGGAUUUUUUUUUUUACAGCUUUGGAGACCCAGGAUCCAGGCAAAUAAUAAGUGGAAAACCAAUCUGAAGGAAACAAAGUUGAACUGAGUUUUAAGGUGCCAGGUCAUAGGAUUGAAGACCAGCCCCUUCUGACGUCUGCAUCUGCUGCUGAUAAACGCGGGGGGCUUGCUUUGAAGGAAGUAGGGGUACUAGAUUUUUACCAACAGCCAACGCUGCUGGCAACCGAAACAGGUGCUGCCCACAACAGGCCAUCAGAAAGAGGAAAAAUGAUGCAGGGCGCAACAUGCUCUUGGGAUUUUUGAUUUUUUGAUGUCUUUAAAUGACUUCUUCAGGGCCACACAGCCAUGGCAGAGUUGUGAAUUUGAUUGGCUAAGGGGGCUUUGGCUGAGCCCUAGAAUGAAGUUACUCUAUUACUAAGCAAAGAGGAAACCCAUUAUGCCCCCAUUUACAUCCUUUCCCCGUCCCUUUUUGCUGGGCAUAAAACUGUACUCACCAAUCCCACCUAAAACCCAAGGCCGAGAGCCCAGGCUUUUGUGCACACGAGGGCCGUGACUGGCUCCUGUUUGCCCGGAGACAAGAGGACUCUUGGAAGCAGAGAAAGGUGUGAGAAGUCUUUCGGGUCCCAGCCUCGCCGGGAGCAAAGGCCUUGGAGCUUCUGCACCGAGGAGCAGCGCGCACGCCAAGAUGGGCUGGCUCAAGAGCCUUCUCCGCGCGAGGAACCUGCUGCUGGUCAUCUUCGUGCCCCUGCUGCUGCUGCCUCUGCCCUUGCUCCACCCCAGCAGCGAGGCAGCGUGCGCCUACGUGCUGAUCGUGACGGCGGUGUACUGGGUGUCCGAGGCGGUGCCCCUGGGAGCUGCAGCCCUGGUGCCAGCCUUCCUGUACCCCUUCUUCGGAGUCCUCCGCUCCAGCGAGGUGGCGGCCGAGUACUUCAAGAACACCACGCUGCUGCUCGUGGGCGUCAUCUGCGUGGCAGCCGCCGUGGAGAAGUGGAACCUGCACAAGCGCAUCGCCCUGCGCAUGGUCAUGAUGGCCGGAGCCAAGCCAGGCAUGCUGCUGCUCUGCUUCAUGUGCUGCACCACGCUGCUGUCCAUGUGGCUGUCCAACACGUCCACCACGGCCAUGGUCAUGCCCAUCGUGGAGGCCGUGCUGCAGGAGCUGGUCGGCGCCGAGGAGGAGCAGCUCGUCGCCAGCAACUCCAGCCCCGAAGAGGCAGAGCCCAUGAAUCUUGAUGUAAACAACAGCCAACCCUCUCUGGAACUCAUCUUUGUCAAUGAAGACACCUCGACUGCGGACCUCACUUCUCUGAUGCAGAACAAGAACCUGAACGGCGUGCCCGCCAUCACCAGCCCUGGCAAGACAGCAGGCCCCCCAGGCAAGACGCAGCACCUGUCUCAGGAAAAGGCCCGUGUCCCGGCCCCCCGCCCCAGGAACCAGGAACUCGGCAGAAAGUACAAGUCCCAGCACGACCAGAUGAUCUGCAAGUGCCUCUCCCUGAGCAUAUCUUACGCCGCCACCAUCGGGGGCCUGACCACCAUCAUCGGCACCUCCACCAGCCUCAUUUUCCUGGAACAUUUCAACAACCAGUAUCCAGCCGCAGAGGUGGUCAACUUUGGCACCUGGUUCCUCUUCAGCUUCCCCAUCUCCCUCAUCAUGCUGGUGGUCAGCUGGUUCUGGAUGCACUGGCUGUUCCUGGGCUGCAACUUUAGAGAGACCUGCUCUCUGAGCAAGAAGAAGAAGACCAAAAGGGAAGAAGUCUCAGAGAAGAGGAUCCAAGAGGAAUAUGAGAAGCUGGGAGACAUUAGUUACCCUGAGAUGGUCACUGGAUUCUUCUUCAUCCUGAUGACCGUGCUGUGGUUUACCCGGGAGCCUGGCUUUGUUCCUGGCUGGGAUUCUUUCUUUGAAAAGAAAGGCUACCGCACGGACGCCACGGUCUCUGUCUUCCUUGGCUUCCUCCUCUUCCUGAUUCCAGCCAAGAAGCCUUGCUUUGGGAAAAAGAAAGAUGGGGAGAACCAGGAGCCCUCACUGGGGAUGGAGCCCAUCAUCACGUGGAAGGACUUCCAGAAGACCAUGCCCUGGGAGAUUGUCAUUCUGGUGGGAGGAGGCUAUGCUCUGGCUUCUGGCAGCAAGAGCUCUGGCCUCUCCACAUGGAUUGGGCACCAGAUGUUGUCCCUGAGCAGCCUCCCGCCGUGGGCGGUCACCCUGCUGGCAUGCAUCCUGGUGUCCAUUGUCACAGAGUUUGUGAGCAACCCAGCCACCAUCACCAUCUUCCUGCCCAUCCUGUGCAGCCUGUCUGAAACGCUGCACAUUAAUCCACUCUACACCCUGAUCCCAGUCACCAUGUGCAUCUCCUUUGCAGUGAUGCUGCCUGUGGGCAACCCCCCCAACGCCAUCGUCUUCAGCUACGGGCACUGCCAGAUCAAAGACAUGGUGAAAGCUGGCUUGGGGGUCAAUGUCAUUGGCCUGGUAAUAGUGAUGGUGGCCAUCAAUACAUGGGGAGUGAGCCUCUUCCACCUGGACACUUUUCCGGCCUGGGCCAAGGUCAGUAACAUCACUGAUCGAGCCUAACACAAACGGGCAACCGGCCAAAGGAACUGCCAGCGCCCAGCGGAACUGGACUCACCAGAAGCACAUAAGCCCCACCAGAACAUUCUGCCACCUACCACUUCAAGUGAAGCACAGAAGCCUCCAGCGACCAAAAUCACCUUUAGAUGUGUCUUCUCUGCCCUCUUUCCUUUGCCUUUCUUUAGCUCAAGAAAACCUAAAAUCUUUCUCACUUCCUUUAGUCUCCCCAGUCAAUUCUUUCUGAAGGCAGAAAGAGAAACCUUAGUUGCCCCUCAGAAGCUGGCUAGCCUCACAAAUUGACUAGCCCCAGUAGGUGUGAUGUUAUUCUGAAUAUCAUAGUCCUUUCUUAGGAGGAGCAGAAAUCCAAAUGAUCCUACCUAUGCACAGAUAGUAAAACAGUGACAUCUCCCCUUUUGGGAGAAAAAUCUCACCCAGAAUUUGAGACCUAACAUUAGCUGCUUUCUCUUAUGUCUUCUAUCUUAAGUUCUCUCCACAAAAGGCGAUUCUCAGUGUGUCCUCUUUGUGGCAAUCGGUACUUUUUAUCACUGCUCUGAUUCCUUUUUAAGCAUUUCCCUUCUGUGACUUCUCUUUACCUUGACACCAAGUUCCUGUAAAGAAACAGUGUUCCCCUUUGGAAAGGGUCUGGUGCUGUUCUCUUUGUUAAAGGAAAAGGAAGUAGAGAAAGAAGACACAUUGAGAUUCGUAUCUCUCUCUUCAUUCAUCGCUAUCAAGACCACUAUAUUGGUUAAGUGUUGGGAGGGAGAAAAAACUUUCUUACCUGUCAUAUUAAGGACCCCAACACUAUAAUUAGACUCCAGCGCUAGUCAUGAUACUCGACUGGCUUUCUUCUAGAUGUAAUGGGUAGUUCAUUUCUGAGAAGAUAAAGUACAGAAGGUCCAAACAUAUCAGUCACCUUCUACAAGUCAGUGGGAGGUGGGGAGAUGUCUUCUGUGUCUUGAAGACCCCAGCAAAUACACAGUAAUCUGUAACCGCCCAAUAAAUGUUUUCAGAAAAUCACUUUGGAAAUCAAGGUCUCCUUCCUCCUAAGGCCCACGCCACCUUUGCCCUGGCUGUGUGUCUGGACAGAGCUCCAGACCCGCCUGUGUGCCAGUAUCCCACAUUUCUGGCUUUCCCUAUCAGUUACUCACUAAGUACAUCUCACAGGGAAAGGAGUACCCCAGGGCUAUUACACUCUU